GAGGCCAACUUUCACUUUUCAUUCACGGUCAGAAAACAGAACUAUUCGGAAACUAAUGAACCUAUUCAGGAUUUUUUAAAUACUAGCACUAAUUAAUUUUCAAAAAGAAUAAACACUAACAAAAGACGCCGAGAUAUCACAGGAUUCACAGGAUCAAAUGAAACUGAUGCAAUUCCGAGGUGGCGACCAUGCUGUCAGAUCAGUUGGAGGAAGCGAGGAGCUGGGCCGAGGCGAUUUUAUCCAGACCCGGCUCUGCUCAGGAAAUCAGGAACGGCGUGUCGGCCGUGGCCAACAUCUCUCUGCCUCCGUCGGCUAAAUACCGUCACAUUGCCGCAGAGACCAUGCUGGUAGAAAACAGCGUUGGGAGCAACAAGAAAGAGGCAAUGGCGUCACUGCAGAAACUGUCCACAGCGCUCAACAUCCUGGAGAAGUACGGCUCCAACCUGACCAGCCCCAGCAGACCCAAGUACUGGCGUACGGUGAAACACAACAACCCGGUGUUCAGGGCCACGGUGGAUGCUAUUCACGUGAGUGACACUGAAAACUACGGUGGGCGGGGCGUCCUGUGCCUUUAUGGCUACACCAAUCAGCAGGCAGACGGCCUGAGCUUUCCUGAAGACGUCACAGAGCCGGACGUCGCCAAAGUGGCGGCGGUGACGCUGGAGGUCAUGAGUCUGCGCACAGAGCUGGACAUGCUCAUCAAGGACACCCAUCCUCACCCAGAGUUCUUUGAGAGAAUCAUCCCCUCUCUCGCUCAGACGGAUGACGAUAACGGAUUGAGCUCGGACGCGUUAGUGAUAUCUCCGUCCAGCGAGAAGCCAUGGGAGAGACUCUUGCUGCCCACACUGUCUCCGUCUCAGCCCUCUGUCUCCUCCAUCACACCCGCCAAGCCAACAGCUGUCUGCGAUGAGAACUGCGGCAUAUGUGGGAUCUUCCUCGUGACGUCCCACUGCACUACGUGCUCCCAGCGUCUGUGUGUAGAAUGCGACCGACUCUACCACUCGCACCCGGCUCGCGCCGCACACGCCAGGGUCCAAGUGGCAAUCUCCAGAACCUCCAAAACACUCAGCGGGUCUCUGGCCACGUGGCAUUGUUCGUACUGCACGACGAUGAACACUCUGCAGCAGGUGUUGUGCAAUACCUGUGAGCGCCCUCGUCUGGCCUCCACUGCCCCGGUUGUACAGGAAGAUCCUCCACAGCCAUCUACCAUUACAGAGUGGCAGUGUAAGAGCUGUACGGUGGUGAACUCCGGCAGCAGUAUUCUGUGUGAGGUGUGUGAGCGCCCCCGUCUGGCCACACGCCCUCCCGUGACGCCUUCUCGACCCACGCCGUGUCCUACAGGACUGUUAGACACCGGUCAGUGGAUCUGUCAGUUCUGUACUUACGCCAACCAGACGCCGUCACCCCGUUGCGAAAUGUGCGACCUGGCGAGAUCAGACCCCGCCCCGUCGCCUUCUAAACCCCUCCCACCCUCCCCGAUUAAGGACGUCACGCCGAAAAGUCCGCCGGUGGAGGAUCCGGAUUUGAAGAGGCAGAGAUUAAUGCGGGAGGAGGGGCUUAAACUGAUCAAGCUGAUCCGAGAGGCUGAAGGGAAGGGCGUGAGCCCCGAAGAGGUGUACACGAGUCUGCGUGUUUCGGGGGGCAUCAGCGGGCCGCCGUGCGAUUGGGUGAAGACGGAGUUGCCUCACAGGCUGGACGAGAUCUGUGCCAUGGCUGCGUCGUUCCAGCACAAGCCCAAACCUCUCCAGACUACAGCCGUGCAUCACAACGAGUCCCAGAAGACCUGCGUGCCUUUAUCCAGAGCCGAAGCCAAGCAGGCCUGGCUCACAGCAGGGGGCGACAGUGAGAAAGCGGCCAGGCAGGCGCUCAGGGACCGCCUCGCUAGAGUGAAGGAGCUAGCCUCUCUUGGGUUCACCGACUCGGCGGCCUGCGAGGAGGCUUUGAGGCAGAGCGGCGGUGAGGUGAAAGGAGCUCUGGUGCUGCUGCAGCGUCCCCUGCUGGAGCAUUUCCACAAGCGCAUGUGGAGCGACGAACCCGAACCCAUCAUCGACAUCAACCACCCAGACAAGCAGCGUGUGUGUCGCAGGCUCCUCGCCAUGUACAAUCUGCCCAGUUGGGGGCGCUGUGAGUUAGCCCUGUCUCUGCUGCGUGACCCUGGCGCCCCCUACACGCUGGAGGACGUGGUACAGGCCGUGCGCGAGUCACAUGACCGUGACUUCAUCCGUCGUGUGUUGGCGAAAGAGUGCCCUAUUUGUCUGUCCUUGUUUCCCCACAGCAAGAUGCAGUCUCUGACAUCGUGCCAGUGCUCUGUUUGCUGCGAGUGCUUUAAGCAGCACUUCACCAUCGCCGUGAGAGACAAACACAUCCGGGACAUGGUGUGUCCCGUGUGCUCCGAACCCGACAUCAACGACCCUGAACACCUCAACAGCUACUUCUCCACUCUGGACAUCCAGCUGAGGGAGUGCCUGGAGCCGGAGGUCUAUGAACUUUUCCAUAAGAAGCUGACUGAACAGGCUCUCAUCAAGGACCCAAAGUUCCUGUGGUGCAGCCAUUGCUCGUACGGUUUCAUCUACGACGGAGAUCAGCUCAAGGUCACUUGUCUUCAGUGUCGGAACAGUUUUUGCGCUCAGUGCAAGAAACCUUGGGAGGCUCAGCAUGCCGGCCUGUCGUGUGAACAGUUCCAGUUGUGGAAGCGUGAGAACGAUCCAGAGUACCAGCGCCAGGGUUUGGCUGGUUACCUGCGCGACAAUGGGAUCACGUGUCCUAACUGCAGGUUUCAGUACGCUCUGGCUCGUGGAGGCUGUAUGCACUUCAGCUGCUCUCAGUGUCGCUAUCAGUUCUGCAGCGGCUGCAACAACCCCUUCCACACGACGUGUGCGGUGCCUCAGUGCAGUGUGACCGGUCUUCAUGCUCAUCACCCCAGAGAUUGUCUGUUUUACCUGCGUGACUGGGAACCGACCAGACUGCAGGCCUUAUUGCAGAAAUGCGGCGUGGCCUUUAACACCGACGUUCCUCCAGGAACACAAACAGGUGUGUGUGGUGUGAUCGAGCAGAAGGAUGACGGUACUCGUCAGACGGACUCAGCGUGCGGGGCUCAGACGCAGCCCGACCAGGCGGGACUCUGCGAGAAACACUACCGCGAGUACCUUGUGAGCCUCAUCAACGGCCACUCCAUCGACCCCGCCCCUCUCUUCGAAGCGAACGAGCUGCACCUGGCCUGCAGGAGAUACCAAGUGGAGAUCAUGCAGGGGGAGGCCGAGGACGACAGGACGUACUACGCUCGACUACUGAAGAAACUGAUGGACGACGUUCCUCUGGGCGAUAAAGUCCCGCGCAAGAAGUGAAGAACGGUUUUACUCGGCGUUUUAUCAUCUGCGUGCGUACGGCUCACCACGGCGAGGACGGCGCGGCGUAGCAUUUUGAUUAUAUUUUUAAAAAAUGGUUUUAGACGAGCGAAGAUCACAGAUUUCAGUUUUAUUGUGAUUUGUUAAAUCUCAGACAAUCUCUCGCCUGUGCACUUUGGGUUCAAUGAUGGUUACGGAUAAAGCGCUCUGAUUUGUCGUCGGUUACUAAGUGCUUUCUAUGCUACAGUGAUACUUCCAAACAUGCAAAGGGUCUAUUAAAUCUAUGGCAAACGUC